AUGCCCCAGAUCCAAAGCUGUGUUUACCAAAGGGAGAGAGGAAGAGGAGGUGAGAGAAAGGAGAGAGGAGGGAAGAGGAGGAGAGAGGAGAGAGGAAGAGGAGAGGAGGAGGAGAGAGGAAGAGGACUUGUGAAGCGGACCACCCCACUCCUGCAUCCGGAGACAAACUUUACCCUAACAAACGGACCGUGCUUUUGUGCUUCCCCCCUCUACACCCCCCCCCCGUGCCUCCCCAUCUGCCUCCUCCCGUGCCUCCCCCUGUGCCUCCCCUCCUCUUCCUCCUCCUUUACCUCCCCCUGUGCCUCCCUUCCUCUGCCUCCUCCUUUACCUCCCCCAUCUGCCUCCCCCUGCGCCUCCCUUCCUCUGCCUCCUCCUUUACCUCCCCCAUCUGCCUCCCCCUGCGCCUCCCUUCCUCUGCCUCCUCCUUUACCUCCCCCAUCUGCCUCCCCCUGCGCCUCCCUUCCUCUGCCUCCUCCUUUACCUCCCCCAUCUGCCUCCCCCUGUGCCUCCCUUCCUCUGCCUCCUCCUUUACCUCCCCCAUCUGCCUCCCCCUGUGCCUCCCUUCCUCUGCCUCCUCCUUUACCUCCCCCAUCUGCCUCCCCCUGUGCCUCCCUUCCUCUGCCUCCUCCUUUACCUCCCCCAUCUGCCUCCCCCCUCUACCCCCCGCCUCCCCCACAUCCUCUGCGCCCGAUGCACGUCACUUUGUCGCAAGUGACUGAAGUGAUUCGGAGCCUUUUCUUCUUCUGCAGAACCAAGAACGGAGCGACCGGAGCCAGAGCAGACGCUGCGUCCUAA